UCUCCUCUCCCCCACUCGGCCACUCCUAUCCAUCUCUCUCUCUCUCUCUCUUAAGUGCUCCAACUACCCGGCAGCAACCCCACCACCGCCCCCGCGAGCCUUCCGGAACACGGCAUCGGGACGGGAGGAAGGGGAACCCUAGGCGCUGCGCCGGAGCUUCGACCGAGGGGGGAGUGGCCUAGACCGACGAUGCGCGCCCGGUGACCUGCGCGGGCGUUGGCAGCGGCGGGUGAUUUACGGGCGGAUGGCGGUGGCGGCGGAGGGCGGCGGGCCUGCCGCGGCGGUGGAGGAGGGCGUGGGGGAGAGCUCGUCCCCGCCGCGCGACGCGCCGCCCGCGCCCGCGCCGGCCCCGUCGGGCGGGAGCGGGGGCGGGGGCGGGGCCGGAGGCGGGGGUGCGUCCCGCGACAUCUGCGCCGAGGUGUUCGAGCGGCUCGUCGCCGACGGCAACGACGAGGCGGCGGGGCCCGACUUCCGCGCCCAGCUCGACGCCCAUUUCGCGCGGCUCCCGUACAGCUAUCAACUUGAUAUCAAUGUCGACAAAUCAGCAGAUGUCCUAGUCCAUCAGAAGGUCUUGGCAGAAGCAAAGGAUCCUCUGAGGCGCCCUGCGUUCCGUGUCCGUUUCUUGAGGAUUGAAGACAUGGACUCAACAUAUGAUUCUGAUGCAUCCGACGAAGUUGCUGAUGACGGUGAUGAUCUUUCUGUAAGGCAGGACACACCAUACACGCAUAUUCAUGAGAUAGUUUUCUCCACAAUUGACAAGCCAAAGCUCCUUAGUCAGCUGUCUGCCUUGCUAUCAGAUAUUGGACUGAACAUCAGGGAAGCACAUGUUUUCUCUACUGCUGAUGGCUAUUCUCUUGAUGUUUUUGUUGUUGAUGGUUGGCCCAUUGAGGAUACUGAUGGUUUGCAUAAGGCACUUGAAGCAUCCGUUUUAAGGAAUGAGGGUUCAUGGUCUGGUUCAUCUCACUCCUCAGCUGCGGAAAGAACACUGCCAUUCCAGGUAAAAGGUGGCGAAUGGGAAAUUGACAAAAGACUUCUGAAGAUGGGAGAUAUGAUUGCUUCUGGUUCUUGUGGAGACUUGUUUCAUGGGACUUACUUCGGUGAGGAUGUUGCUGUUAAAGUUUUAAAGGCUGAGCAUUUGAAUAAGAAUGUUUGGAAUGAGUUUACACAAGAAGUAUAUAUUCUAAGGGAAGUUUGCCAUACCAAUGUUGUGCGGUUCAUUGGUGCAUGCACAAAACCACCAAAAUUUUGCAUAAUUACAGAAUACAUGUCUGGAGGAAGCCUGUAUGAUUUUGUGCACAAACAGCGUAAUGUCUUGGAUCUCCCAACUCUAUUGAAGUUUGCAUGUGAUGUAUGCCGAGGGAUGUGUUACCUGCAUCAGAGGGGUAUCAUUCAUAGAGACUUGAAGACAGCGAACCUUCUAAUGGACAAAGAUCAUGUCGUGAAAGUGGCAGACUUUGGUGUAGCUCGGUUCCAGGAUCAAGGAGGUAUCAUGACAGCUGAAACUGGAACAUACAGAUGGAUGGCUCCUGAGGUCAUAAAUCAUCAGCCCUAUGAUAACAAAGCAGAUGUGUUCAGUUUCGCUAUUGUGCUUUGGGAACUAAUAGCGUCCAAGAUUCCAUACGAUACCAUGACCCCUCUGCAAGCUGCUGUAGGUGUGAGACAGGGAUUGCGGCCAGGACUGCCAGAAAAUACACAUCCCAAGCUGUUAGACUUGCUGCAGAGAUGCUGGGAAACCAUCCCAUCAAACCGGCCUUCUUUCCCAGAUAUCUUAACUGAGCUAGAGGAUCUUCUGGCAGAAGUUCAGGGAACUUUAGGGGAGACGAGUGAACGGCCAAAAGAUGUCUCCACCUCGGCAAACUGACCUCUGCACAUACCUGACAUUUUUCUCAUUCUCCAAAUGGCCUAUUUAUUAGGAUCCGGAUAACUAAUGUUGAGGAACGUAGCAUAUCAUUUUUGGUUUUGUUUUGCGUUUUGUUAUAUACAUUUUGAACAAUCACCAUGGGGCAUAGUAUUAUUUUUUCAGCCCAUUUCUCAUUGUUAUUAUACAGAGGAAGUUGUUUGUUGUCGUAACUCAGAUAUGUUGUUUGCACUAGAUUUACUGAAGGAUGUUACAUCUUGCCUGUUUUA